AUGGCAGCUGCAGACGUAGCAGAGCGCUCCGCUCACAAGAGGCCCUUUGCUGCCUGGGUCAAGCGUCUGACCAACCUGCAUCCAAGCAGCAAGAAGGCAAAGAAGGCCUCGCAGCUCAAGAACAACCCAUACCCGCAGUCCGGCCGUGUCCAGCAGUGCCGCCACGAAUCAACAAGCUCUCAUUCCAACUCUGCUUCGGAUAAUGCCAGCCUGAACGUUCACCACACUCCCAAUUCGACUGCUAGCCGGAACUCGUCGCUCUCGGCCCCUCCCGUAAACAGCAACCGCUCGCAAGCGAACACCGUCGCAACCAACCCAGAGACGAUCAAUUCGGAUGGAGGCUAUUUCAAGUCGUCAACCAACGGUCGAGGCGGCGCCCUGAGCUCAGUUGACGGUGCAGGCCCGAACAGCACCUUCUCCUCGCCUAGUCAAUCCCAGCAGUCGCUCACAACUACUCUUACAACCAUUCAGUCGACCACCGCUCACCUCACCCCCAAUCUGCCUCUCACGCACUUCUCACAGCAGCCUCCAUCAGCCAUUCCUGCUCAUCUCGCUUCCAACACGAACACGAACAACAAUCACAACGCUCACAACGACAAUGCCUCCAUCUUGACCCUGGCUUCCUCGUCCAAGCGUCGUCGUCGUUCUAUGGAUACAGAUGCCUCGGUUCGCGCCAUCGCUCCCAAGAGCAUGUGGGGAGACAGCAGAGAGUCCCUACCUUUGAGCGUGCUAAGUGGCAACAUCGAACACACAUCUGCUCGCCCGUCAGUCGGUGGCCUCGUCAGUGCCGAGCGCGCCAGCAUCUACUCCUCCCGCGAUGUCUCUGCUCCCGCCAUUGCCUCUGAUCGCAACAGCUACUACGCAGCAAGCCACCGACAAGUUCGAGACCGUGAACGCGACAAGGACGGCCACCGUGAUCGUGAGUAUGGCGCUGACGGCAGAUCCAUCAACUUCGAUGCCAAGUCGCUCAACUUCGAUGGCAGAAGUCUUGGUGGUGAUGUUGGUAGUCUGAGGGGCUACGAGGGUAGUAUCCGCAGUGGAGCUCUGGGACAUGGCCGCAAUGAUAGUAUUCCUAGCGGUGCACCUAGCCCAAUGGUCGGCGGUUCUCCUUUGCUGAGACGGCCUUCUGGUGCUCUAACUUUCAGUUCCGACGUUCGCGAUAAGGAGGAGCAUGAAGCUACCGAUCACAAGACUCAUGCUUAG